UCUGUGGCAGCUGCUGGGUGAAGCUGUGUCAGAAGAGAAUAACAUGGACGAAUACCCAUAUUCCCUGAUUGUGGAGUGUCUUAAAGAGCUAACCAGAAAGCAGAGGAAAGAACUGGAAAAUUACUUUUCUCUGAGAAGAAAGUCUCAAGGUGGACCCUGCAUAGUGUCCAGUGAGACAUCUACUCAAUACAGAGUGAGCUACCAGAAAGAAGAAGUAUGGAUAAGAGUACUGAACAAGGAACAUCAUGAAAUAGAAUCUGAUGGGGAAGUUAUAACAUUAGUGAUUUAUACAGAAAAACCUCAAAAGGAAGUUGAAACAGCACCGUGCUCAAGCGAUGAUGAGAAAGAAAGUGAGAGGGAUAUGAAUAUGAAAGAUUCUUAUGAAGAACCUACUACAUUGGUGAAUUAUACAGAAGAACCUGAGAUGGAAGCCGAGGCGUUACCUUUCUCAAGUGAGGAAGAAGCUGGAGCUGCAGGGCCUCCUGCUGCAAGUGGAGAAGAAGAAUCAAGACGGUCUUCGACAGAACCACCUAGGAGGCCAGCCAUAACAUCUUCUUACAUACCUGUCAAUAAUAGUUCUGCAGUUCUAGUUAUCAAAGAUGAAAUAAGUAAUAUCACAAAAGAUUUCCAAGACCUGCACAUUAAUGUUGGCCAAUGUGAGAUAGAGCUAUCUGGAAACCCAACUUCUUUGAUACAGGCACGUAAAAGACUCAAAGAUGCACUAAGCUCAGUAAAGAAGGAUUCUGUUAAAAUAUCUGAAUGCAAGCAAAAGUUCCUUAUGUCUUUGGAUAAGGAGGAAAUUUCCCAAAUUAUUUUUGGAAAAAAAAAUGAAGGCCAAUUGAUUCUUGAUACUUCUUGUGGACUGUGCUUAUAUGCUCCUUCCAUCGUCUUGCUUGAACAAGCUAAAAAGGCUUUGGAUAUUACCAUUGUUGAAGAAGUAGUUGAAGUCAAAACAGAUGAGUAUGAAAAGAGUUGGAGAAACACUGUAGAAAAUAUUAAACACAAUAAAAAUAUUUAUGUGUCAUGCACAGAGGGCAAGAAAAACAGCAAGGUGACUCUGGCAGGUAUCAGAAAAGAUGUAGAAAUGGAAGUAAAAAAACUUAAAGAAUGUCUAAGCAAGCACAAUAUAGUCAAGGAGGAGGUCAACUUGAAAAAUCCUAUAUUUGUUAAAAAAUUAGAUGACUUAUUGAAGACUUUUAAACUUGGGCCUAUAAGGGCUAAAGUUCAAAUUCCACAAAGUUCUGGCCAUGUGGUGAUUUUGACGGGAUGCAGAGAUGAUGUAUCUAAUUCCAAAGAUAUUGUAGUUAAGCUUUUAAUGUACUUUCAUCAACAUCUUCUCUUUAACAAAUCUGGAGCAAUACAGUUUUUUAGAAUGGAUGAAAAGCAAAUAACUUCCCAGAUUCUACAGCAGUACAACUGCUGGGUUGGCUUAAAUUGUGACUCAGAUAUUACAAAUCUAGCCAUUCCAGAUGAAGCCAUAACAAUAGUUGAACAUUCAGCAAUUGAGAGAUGCUCAACCCUAAGUACCCCUGAAAAAAGCAAUGAGAGCAACCAAAAAGCCUCAGGAGGUACUACGACCAAUAAUGCACAGCUACCUGUCCAACUCAUCCUCAGUUAUGGAAAUCUUGAAGAUCAAAAGGUGGAUGUUCUCACCGCACCUUUGCUGGCCAGCAAUCCUCAUUAUAGUGUAAAUGUGACCAAAGCUCUGAAAUCCAAAGCAGGGAAUCCAUUCUCUGUACUAUUAACGACUCUCCUCACUGGUCGCUCUGCCAGUGACACAGAUCAUCUUGUAGUAAUGGAUGUCUCUGGAGAUAACUACAAGCUUGAUUGCAACACAGUAAUCUUCAUCCCUUGCACCACCUGGAAUGGCAACGUAUCUGAAAUGGCACUAAGAAAGGGACUAUCAGAAUGUCUAGAGAAGUGCAAGGAUAAAAACGCAUGUUCACUGGCAAUGCCCACUAUUGGUACUGGUCUUGCCCUUCGCUUUCCCAUUGAUGUAGCUGCCAGAUUAUUGGGAGAGGAGGUAAAAUCAUUUGUUAUGAGAGAGCCGACUACCAGCCUCCGAAAGAUCCAUAUUGUGAUCCAACCAGACAACAAGAUUCUUUAUGCUGCUUAUAGGGACACACUCAUGACCAUGGAUUUAGGAGACCAAAUUGUUCUUUGCGAUGGAAAUGGAGAAGCUUUUCCCAGAUUAUCCAUUGGAGACCAGAUCCAAGUAAAAGCUGGCGACCUUACUGUGCAUGUGGUAUACAGUGAUAUUGUAACAGAAGCCACAGAUGCUAUUGUUAACGCUACAAACUUUCACACAUGGACAGACAAAUCUGUAGCUCAUGCUAUUUUUUCAAGAGUUGGGCCUGAUAUUACCAGAAAUGCUAAACUUCAAUCAGCCUCUGGCAAUCUACCAGUGAUAACAGAAUCAAGAAAUCUGAAUUGUAAAUGGAUUUUGCACUGCAACUGUGGAAAUAAUCUAGAAUCUAUCCAGCCUUUAGUAGAGACAAUAUUACAGAAAUGUGAAGAUUUUGGCAUAAAGUCUGUGGCUCUGCCAGCCAUUGGGACUGGAGAGUGUAGGUUCGAUCCUCAGUCUGUGGGCAGAUCAAUUACCAAUGCCAUAAACUCUUUUAUCCAGAACAAGAGUCUAUCCUGUCUUUCUGUAGUGCGGCUGAUUGCAUACCAACCACACAUCUACAGCAUCUUCUGCAAUUUAGUGAGAGAACAAUUCAGCUCAGUGCCUGAGCCUUCCUGGAGUCCAUGGGCUGUUAUUUCAAAUCGUUUAAAACACCGGGAAAUCCCAGGUACUCCAUUUCUUAACGACAUUACAUAUUUUGAGCAUCCAAUUCCUAAACCUCCUCCAGCCCUGUUCAGCAUUAUCGGACAGCGAGAAGAAGAAGUGGAAGCAGCCAGACGUCACUUAAAACAAGCAUUUGAUGAUCAAUAUGGAGAAGAAGAGAUCAAUGACCAGAUGCUCAAAAAUCUUUCACUGGAUGAGAUGCAGAAACUUUUUUCGCCCGUUAAAGAUAAUGUUGACGUUCAAAUGAUACUUGAUACAGAUAAAAUAAGCAUCUGUCUGAAAGGUUGCCAAGCAACAGUUAUGCAGGUAUCUAUGAAUAUUCGAUCCAUUAUGAAAACCAUUGUACAUUCCAGACGUGAACAGUCAAAGCAAGAAAAAGCAGGACUGCUGAUUCAGUGGGCGUAUAAUGAGGGCUCUACUAAGGUGCCGUUCUUAGAAGAUGCCACUUUUAUACUGGAAAGCGCAUUUUUAUUCCAUAACAAUGGUAUAGUGACAGUUGACAUUGAAGAUGGAAAGAGAGCUAAAGUCAACCUGGGGACAAUGAAGGCAUCUCUUGAAAGGCUCAAUCAGGAGGUGACUGUUUUAAGAAGCGACUUGGAGUCAGACAUAAAAUAUCCCAUGAACUGGGAAGCAAUGGGAGAGCGAUUUCUAACUACUGUCAGACUGGAUGCCAGUUCCAAAGAGUAUCAGACUGUUGAGGCUGGAGUGCUCAAAACCACCGAUGUUCAUAUAUUUAAGAUUGAACGGAUCCAGAACAGAUAUCAGUACACAGCGUACAUGCUGAGGAAGGCAUUUAUGCAAGAGACCUAUGGGUCAGCUGGAGUUAACGAGCGCACUUUAUAUCAUGAAGUAGCAUCUGAAAACUGUGAUUCUAUCAACUUCAGAGGAUUUAACAGUAGUGUUGGCGACGAAAAUGAUUUAGUCAAUGGAAGAAAAGUAUAUUUUGCUGUGAAUGCUGAAUACGCUACCAGACAAAUCCUUUCUACUUCAGAUGAAAAUGUCAGACCAAGAGUCCUAUACCAAGUAAAGGUCUUAGCUGGGCAUUAUACCGAAAGUGCAAAUGCUCCUGGCUCGCCAUCCGCCAUUAACCCUGUUGGCCAGUAUGACAGCCUUGUAGACAACAAAGUCACCCCAACCACGUAUUCUGUAUGUCAUGAUAGCCAAGUGUAUCCUGAGUACAUCAUUCAUUUCAUUAACUCUUAAUUGCUACACUAUGGCAAAAAAAAAAUAUAUAUAUAUAUAUAUACAAUGGAGUCUUAUCACACUUGUAUGUCUUAUUUGUGAUUGUUAAAGGGAUACGAAACCCCAACAUUUUCUUUCAUGAUUCGGAUAGUACAUACAGUUUUAAACAGCUUUCCAUUUUACUUCUGUUAUAAAAUUUGCUUCAAUAUCUUACUAUCCUUUGCUGAAAGAACAUUACUGUACUACUAGCUGAACACAUCUAGUCAGCCAAUCACAAGAGACAAAUGUAUGCAGGCAGCUCACUCCAACUAGUGUGGGAUAUGUGUGUAUUCUUUUUCAAAAAGAGAUACAAAGAGAACAAAGCACAUUUGAAAAUAGAAGUGAAUUUAAGUGUCUUAAAAAAUACUUAUUCUAUGUCUUAAAAAAUACAUGUUCUAUGUCUUAAAAAAUACAUGUUCUAUGUCUUAAAAAAUACAUGUUCUAUCUAUCUAUAAAAGCUAUCACUGAAACACUGAUUCAUUUUACUAGAAUACAUUUGUGACAUGUGACUUAUGUUCAGAUACAGCAUACACUUUUUAACAACUUCUCUUUGUAUCCUUUGUUUAAAAGCAUGCCUAGGUACACUUCUACUGGGAGCUAGCUGCUGAUUGGUGGCUGUACAUAUAUGCCUCUUGUCACUGGCUCACCCAGUGUGUUCAGCUAGCUCCCAGCAGUGCAUAGAUGCUCCUUCAACAAAUGAUACCAAGAGAAUGAAGCAAAUUAGAUAAUAGAAUUAAAUUGGAAAGUUGCUUAAAAAUGUAUGUUCUAUGAAAAUCAUGAAAGAAAAAAAUGUGUUUAAUUUCCCUUUAAUUCUAAAACAUAUUGUAAAGAAUGUAUGAAAUGAAUGAUAUUACCAGUGCUAAGUGAGCACCCAUUGGGGCCGAAUGAACAAAUGUCGGACGGACAUGAUCCGCCGUAGUGGAUCAUGUCUACCCGACAUCGCUAAAUGCCAACAGCAUACGCUGUCAGCAUUUAACAUUGCACAAGCAUUUCUAGUGAAAUGCUUGUUCAAUGCCGCCCCCUGCACAUUCGCAGCCGUUAGCAGGGGGUGUCAAUCAUCCCGAUCGUGUCUGAUCAGGAUGAUUGCUGUCCGCCAUCUUACGACCGCUGCUUCUGGUGAGCCUGAAGGCUCGCAUGGAAACAGCUGCAUUCGCAGCAUGUGAAAUCAGCCCUAUUGCAGCAACAGACAGAAUUUUGGUCUGUUUAAACUUUGUAAGUUGUAUUUUAUCUUUCUUCUGUUAUGUGUGAUCAGUCCACGGGUCAUCAUUACUUCUGGGAUAUAACUCCUCCCCAACAGGAGGAGUUAUAUCCCAGAAGUAAUGAUGACCCGUGGACUGAUCACACUACAGAAGAAAGGAAUUUAUCAGGUAAGCAUAAAUUAUGUUUUUGUUUUACUCUGCAUUUAUUUCAGUUACGAUGACAAAUGCACUUUGUAUUUUGUGUAUAGUGUGGUACUUAGGAAUAUAUCUUUUUUUUAUAAAUUUAUAUUAAAUCUGUAAAUGGUUACUAAAAUCAAAAUUAAACUUUCAUGAUUCAGAUAGAGCACACAAUUUUAAAUAACUUUCUAAAAAAAAAAUAAAAAAAUUUACACUCAUAUUAAAUGAAGAUUAUGAAGGGACAUGAACCCCUAAAUUGUUCUUUCAUGAUUCAAAUAGAGCAUAAAAUUAAAAAAAAUAUAAAAGUUUCCGAUUUAUUUCUGAUAUCUAAUUUGCUUCCUUCUCAUGGUAGUUUUUUUUAAAGAGAUUCCUAGAUAGGUAGCGCACACUUGUCUGGAGCACUUCAUGACAGGAAACAGUGCUGCCAUCUAGUGCUCUUUCUAAUGUAUAACGUUCUUGCAAAACUGCUGCAGACACAUGCAUGCUCCUGAGCUUACCUUCCUGCUUUUGAACAAAGGAUACCAAGAGAAUGAAAAAACAAACUGAAAAUAAUAGUAAUUGGAAAGUUGUUUAAGACAAUUUUGGGGUUUUAUGUCCCUUUAAGCUUUAUGACAAGGGUGGGCAAGAGGCAUCCUCUGGGCCUUAUGCACCUCAUAAAGGUUUCCACUUUGGUCUUCAUCCAGGACCUGUUUAGUGGGUGCGCUGCCCAGCUGAUUUUAAUAAAGCUACCUUGCCUCGCCCUAGUCCAGAUACAAACCCGAUUGGAGGAAUAUUGCUUACUCACUGUUAAUGCCAGACGUGAUUACACUUGCUCUAUUUUAGACGUAAGUAGUGAUGUUAAUGAUAGUCAUAUUUUGGGCUUAGUUGCCAAGAUCUUGUUGACUAUUUAAUGGUGUAAUUGUAUUUUAAACAUUAUUUUUGAUAUAUGUACUUUGUAAGUUAGAGUUGUUGUAUUACCAUUAUAAUAGUUUACCGAUAAUUGAAACAUGUGAUUCCGAUUCUGGUACUACAGUAGAAUGAACAUUCUUACUUUGUCUCCACAAAAUCAAGAAGGGGACUUUGCCAAGAUGAAAAGCGACCCUACAAUACAAUUAAAGGACAUAACCAGCUGCAUUGCAUCCAUGAAUAUUCCAUUCUGAGAUUCACGUUAUUUGGGAAUCAUGAUAAACUUGUAUAUUUUGUGAUUUUUACAGGUGGAACUUUAUUUUGUAACAUUGUAUUUCUCUCAGUCCUUAAUAAAAAUAAUAAUAAUAAUAAAGCUAACAUUAGUUAAUAUGAAA